CUGAAUCCGGAAGUGAUCCCAGAGGACCGGGUUGUGGCGGAGGACCCCUGCGGCCGGCCCAGGUUCGGAAACCAUGAGCUGGAUUCCUUUCAAGAUCGGGCAGCCCAAGAAGCAGAUUGUCCCCAAAACAGUGGAGAGAGACUUUGAAAGAGAGUAUGGAAAACUGCAACAGCUGGAGGAGCAGACCAAGAAGCUGCAGAAGGACAUGAAGAAGAGCACGGAUGCCGACCUGGCCAUGUCCAAGUCAGCCGUGAAGAUCUCCCUGGACCUCCUCUCCAACCCCCUCUGCGAGCAAGACCAGGACUUUCUGAACAUGGUGACAGCCCUGGACACGGCGAUGAAGCGGAUGGAUGCUUUCAACCAGGAAAAGGUGAACCAGAUCCAGAAGACUGUGAUUGAACCCUUAAAAAAGUUCAGCAGUGUCUUCCCAAGCCUCAACAUGGCCGUGAAACGGCGGGAGCAGGCCCUGCAGGACUACCGGAGGCUGCAGGCCAAGGUGGAGAAAUACGAGGAGAAGGAGAAGACGGGGCCCGUGCUGGCCAAGCUCCACCAGGCCCGGGAAGAGCUCCGGCCCGUCCGUGAGGACUUCGAAGCCAAGAACAAGCAGCUGUUGGAUGAGAUGCCACGUUUCCACAGCAGCCGCCUCGACUACUUCCAGCCCAGCUUUGAGGCCCUUAUCCGGGCACAGGUGGUGUACUACUCGGAAAUGCAUAAGAUCUUCGGAGACCUGACCCGACAGCUGGACCAGCCUGGCCACUCAGAUGAGCAGCGGGAGCGGGAGAAUGAAGCCAGACUGAGCGAGCUGCGAGCCCUCUCCAUCGUGGCCGAUGACUGAGUCCCUGCCCUCGGGAGACUCCAGGGACACGUCCGCACCUUCUGCUCUCGGCCCUUUCUGGGCACAGGCUCAUGCCCUCCCUGCCAGACAGCUGUGAGAAGUGCCAUACCUGGCAGCGCCUCUUCUACCUCGCCAGCCCUGUGAGCCAAGAGGCAUCCGUUGCCUCGAGCCGCAGGCAGCGGCUGUCUCCCCAUCCCCAGUCAGGGUGCAGGUAAGCUGCGGAGGGAAACGCUGGGGUCAUUAGCAGAACCGUCCAGGGCCCAAGCCUAGGGGCCAGUCCCAGCCCUUGGGAGGAUGCAGGUGACAUCUCAGCCCUGCGCAUGCUGGCCAGGACACCUACCUCCACAAGACACAUGGCAUGGCACAUCCUGGGAGAGCUCUCAGCCCAAGGGGCUGCUUCAGGGCAAGGCUGCAUGCCAAAUCUUUGCUGUCUCCUUAGUCCCCAGGCCUCAAAGGGGCAAGGAACAGUAGUAGGUUUGUGUCACACCUGCAAUAUUUGGAAUUCUAUUUUUUUCAAGUAAAGUUUCAAGUAAAGAAAUCAUAGUACUGUGAUUAAAAAUUUCAGCGAGGAAGGGGAGCAGCCAGGGCACUUCCCGGCGGC